AUGACCAAUACUAGCACAGAGGACCCCGUGGAAUCCCUUUUUGAUCAGUUCUCCAAUUCCCUGGUGUAUUCAAUAACCAAUAUAGGAAAAAGAUCAAGGAAAGAAGUAGUUACAUAUCCUGAAUCGACUAUGUCUGAAAAAAGGACUAAAAGGCCUCGGAACAUGGAUGCCAAAAACUGGUUUGAAAGCCUCAAAGUGGAUGCCACCUGUCGCCUUUGCUUGCGCUAUUUUGUUGACCCAAUAAUCAUCCUAUGUGGCCACACCUUCUGCAGGGAGUGUCUUUGCAACUUCUGGAAGAAAUUAAACAUAUCAGCAUUCUGCCCAAUUUGCAAGACAAAGUCUGGACUUACAGAUAUUGUGUACAAUAGGAGGCUGCAGAAUCUGGCUAACAUUAAUAAGAUGCUAAGACCUCAUUUACUGCAGACCAUCAGGGAUCUGCCCAUCUGUGACAAACAUGGUAAAGAACAGACCUUGUUCUGUGAGGAGGACCACAGACCCUUGUGUGGACCUUGCUUUUUAACCACAGAUCACAAGGAGCACAAAGUUCUUCUCCUGGAAGUGGCUGUCAGUCAGUGCAUGGAAAAGCUUGAGGCUACAUGUAAUACUUUAAGAAGCAAGAAGGAAAAAUUUCAAAUGGAAUUGUCAUCGGAGAGAAUCAGAGAGAUAUACUGCAAAGAUGGAGGCUGCGUUCUCCAAAAAUUGGUUAUAUCUGAAUAUGAGAAAAUGCAUCAGUUCUUUUGGGAGGAAGAACAAUUUCAAUUGCAAAUAUUAGACAAGGAAGAAAGAGACUUGAAGAACAAGGAAAGCCUAUUCCAAAAGAUCCUUAAUCUGCUAAUGAAUUCAGAGAAUCAGUCUGUGGAGAGGAUCAAGGCUCAGAAGCAGUCUGUUAAGUCUGAAUUUGAGAAAAAGCACCAGUGCUUGUCAGAGGAAAAAGAGCUGCACCUGCGAAUACUGGACCAACAAGUAAAAGACAACCUGGCAAAAUUUGAGAAGAGCAAGACAAAAAUGAAGCAAAUGAUCAACAAUCUAGAAAUAGUGAUAUUAGAAAUAGAGAAAAAUUAUGACAAGCUUCCUAUUGAAAUGUUGCAGGAUGCAAAAGGCAUAUUGGAAAGUAGUAUGGACCUGCUUCUUCAAGAUUCUAUCAUUGCUUCACCCAGAUGGACCAUGUAUCCCAUCUCUGGAAUGAAAGAAAUGUUGCUGACUUUCCACAGGAAUAUAUUUCUGGAUCCUAAAAUAGCCAAUCCUCAUCGAAUCCUGUAUGAAGAUUUGCAUAAUGUUACAUAUAAUUCUGUCCCACAGGAUGUACCUGAUAACCCACAAAGAUUCGACUUUAUUCUUUGUGUCUUGGCUGACCAGAAGUUUACUUCAGGGAAACAUUACUGGGAAGUAGUGGUGGAGAAUAAAAAGUUGUGGGAAGUGGGCUUCUGUACCCUAAUGAAUAGAAGGAAGGGCAAUGUCCAAAGGUUUUAUGGAGAUAAAUUUACCCUUGUACACUUCACAUGUAAUGAUGAGUUUUGCUUGAGUUGUUUAUAUCAAAAGGUUCCUUUAAGCCAACCUCUUCAUAAGGUGGGCAUUUUCCUUGAUUAUGAAAGAGGGCACAUAGCAUUUUACAAUGGAACAGAUGGAACUGUAAUUUAUAGUUUCUCAAAUGAGAAUUUUCAAGGUCCCCUUUACCCUUAUUUCUCUCCUUGGUUUCCAAACGGGAAAAACACCUUUGGACCUCUAUAUGUCUGA